CAACAACCCCUCACCCAGCGCACUCCAUUCCAUCCUGCUUGCCCUGACCGAGCUCCAUCACGAUGCUGCAAGCGCUGCAGUAUGCGCCGUGGACCUCCGACAUCGAGCUCGCCUUCUACUCGGCCUUGGCAUCGCUGAAGAUCAAUCAUGACAAGCUCGACUCGUCCGCGCGUAAGGUGCGCGGCCUCUACGAGAUCAACCACAAGGAUGCUCCAGAACGAUCGAUGCGCAUGCAGAUUCACGGCACUGCGCUGACCACAGAUGAAACACCACAGAAUUACUACCGCGCAGAGGGAACGAUCAAGAACUUCAACACCAUCGAGGAGUUCAGGCAGGUCGACAAGAGCGCGCAUAUCGAGAAGGCGGGGCGUAUGAUAUGGGACGCCAUAUGCGACGGCACCAUCUACUCGUGUCCCUCCUUGCUUGCCCACUUCUCCGCCGUCUGCUAUGCAGACCUCAAGAAGUACAAGUUCACCUACCACUUUGCCUACCCCGCAGUACAUUCAGAUCCACCAUGGAGGUUGCUUGCGCCGUACAACAACCCGGACGCGGCUAUCAAGAAGCUGGAAAGCAAAGAAACGACAUUACUCGUGGAUGCUGUGCAGACUUGGAGAUACGGCGUCGAUGCACGUCAGCACGGCUUCUUCCUUGCGAAGAGGUUGCGAAAGGAGCAGACCCGCUCAUCCAGUCUCAGUGAGCUGGGCUUCCUCUGGUGGGUAGGCUCGCUUUCUAGCUACGAGACAGGCUUCUUCGACAAUGCGCGACCCGAAGAUCGGUUCGUGUGCUUUGCCGAUCCUUCAACCUUUCCUUCAAAUCCUGGCUGGAUGCUGCGGAAUCUGCUGGUGCUUGUACGGCAGCGAUGGCAUUUGGACAGCGUACAGGUCAUCUGUUAUCGGGACACGCAUAUCCGAAGAGACACUCCAACUUCUCUGGACUUGCCCAUACGGCCGCCACCUGCGAAAGCAUUACAAUUUCCAAAAGUCACGGGGUGGGAAAGAGGCGAGCAGAACAAGGUCACAUCAAGAACAGUCGACCUGGCUGCAUAUAUGGAUCCAUCUAGACUUGCCGACCAAGCCGUGGAUCUCAAUUUGAAGCUCAUCAAGUGGCGGAUAUCACCUUCAAUAGAUCUCGACACAAUCAAGAACACCAAGUGCCUUCUUCUGGGAGCUGGUACACUGGGCGCAUACGUGGCGCGAAACCUGAUGGGCUGGGGCGUGCGAAAGAUCACGUUUGUCGACAACGGUCGCGUCAGCUACUCCAAUCCCGUGCGGCAACCUCUAUACGACUUCAAGGACUGCCAGAAUGGGGGAGUAUGGAAAGCGCAGCGAGCGGCAGACGUUUUGUCAGAAAUCUAUCCUGGCGUCGACUCGGAAGGCGUAGUGAUCAACGUCCCUAUGGCUGGUCAUCCAAUUGUGGGAGACGAAUCGAAGAUCGAGCGGCAAUAUGAGCACUUGAAGCGACUGAUCAAUGCACAUGAUGCAAUAUUUCUGCUCAUGGACAGCAGAGAGUCAAGAUGGCUACCGACAGUCAUGGGCAAGGCAACCGGCAAGAUCGUCAUCAACGCAGCGCUCGGCUUCGACACUUAUAUGGUAAUGCGACAUGGCAUGCGAGCGCCGCCGGAAGAGCUCAGCUGCUAUUUCUGCUCAGAUGUCGUCGCACCUGCAGAUAGUCAGAAGUCAGCGACGCUGGAUCAGCAAUGUACGGUCACAAGACCUGGCGCUGCACCCAUCGCAUCUGCAUUGGCGGUAGAGAUGCUGGUCUCAAUAACGCAGCAUAAAUUGAAAGGCCGCGCCCCUGCACCACAGCCGCCAACAUCAACAGCAAUCGCUCCCGCCCCGCCAACAGAUCCGACGGUGCCCAACUCACAUCCUCUUGGCACUGUUCCACAUCAACUGCGCGGUUACAUGUCGACAUGGCAGACACUGCAGAUCAAGGGUAGAGCAUAUGACUGCUGUUCUGCUUGCUCGCCGAAAGUGCUGCACGCAUAUGAACGUGAUGGGUGGGACUUUGUCAGGAAGGCACUCAAUGAAAAGGGCUUCGUGGAGGAGAUAUCAGGUCUGGCAGAAGUGCAAAGACAAGCUGAAGCUGCCGCACAAGCGAUGCAAGAUGAGGAAGGUGACUGGCCUGAUGAAGAUGAAGAAGGCGAGCUGAUAUGAUAUGAUGGGAGCGGUACAUCAAUAGUAGACCCCCAGUCCACUCCAUGCAAAGCAUCCGAGAGCUGUAUCCGGCUAGGCAUCUGCUUCCAAGCAAGCACACCGGUCUCCAUCAUUCACGUCUCCUCUUC